GAGAACGCCUACUGUGUGCGCGAUCGUGCGCAAGUGCCGACGGCAAGUGCGUUUCGUCGCGAUUCGUUCUCGUCGAACGUCAAAGUUCGGUUUCUAUUGUUUGAAUAGUGCGAUUCGUUGUGAAUUUCGUUGUGUUCAGAGUUGAGUGAAUGAUUGAGUGAAGCGUAUUGCGUACGCAGCACGCAGAGUUUUGGUGACCUUUUGGGAACACGAAGGAGUAAAAGAAGAGAAGAAAACGAGAGGAUUUUUUUUCGUUUUCCGAGAAAUGAAUGGAUAUAUUACCUGAUCCUGCUGUUCGUGUACGUAUAUUUGAGGGAGAAUUUUAACGAUAACCGCUCGGCAGGGCCACUGCACUGUCUCUUUAAGGAUAAAAGGACCUUCGGAAAACCAACAAAAUGAAGAUGGAUGAGUGAAGAACCGAGAACGGUUUAGGGUGCUGCGAUCAAGAUCCGCCGGGUUAAUUUUGAGUGUGUAACGCCGUUUGUUUACAACUGUCACGAUGCCGGAGAAAGAGACUUUCCACGAGCACAUGCAGGUUCAUCCGUUCCAUCACCAUGGCCAUCCACUGGCCGCGGCAGCUCACCACCAUCCCGGGCUGGCUGCGUCGCACGGAUUGGCUGCGGCUGCGGCCGCCGCGAACGGAGCCGGCGCCGGAUACAGCCCGCUGCAGCUUCCGUCGGCAUUCGUGGCCUUCCAUUCACAGCUUCCGUCGGUGGACCAACGGUCGGCUCACGAUGGCCGGUACAGCCUUUGGGAUCCAACAGGACCCCCGUCCUACCACCAUUCAACGUCCCAUGGACUGAGUAACAAUGCAAAUUUCGCAGAGUUGCAACUUUUGAGCGCCCGUCGAGCCGCCGUGGCCGCUGCCGUGGCCAGCGCAGAGGCCGCCGCCGUUGCCGCCGGUACAGUAUUACCUCACCACCACCAGCCGCCAGCGCCAGCGCUGGCCGUCCCCACCACAACGGUUUCCCCACCCGCAACCUCCGGGGCGUCCAGCAGCCCCGGGGGCCCCGAAGAGCCCCGGGUAGCGGCCGGACUGGGUCACUCUAGCCCGGGCCUGCCCACGACCAACGGUGGUCCCGGCAGUCCGCCGGGUGGGCAGCAGUCGUCUGCGGGACAGACGACGCUGCCCUCGGUGCCGGUGCCCCAUCCGGGAGACUUCCACCCGGCGUACAGGAUACCCGGCUACAUGGAGCAUCUCUACUCGCUGCAGCAUGCGUCGGCGUCGUUGCAUGGACUCGGUCUCACCUCGGAGUAUCUGAACGCGCGCAAUGCGAUCGCUGACCUGCACCCGGCCGCCAGCUCGCUGGCCAGUGCCGACUUUCACUUCAGCAUCGAUGCCGCGAGCCGGCUCAACAGUCCCCGGCCCGGAAGCAUACGGGCCAGCGUGAGCCGCAAGCGGGCCCUCUCCUCGUCGCCAUACUCGGACUCGUUCGACAUCAGCUCCAUGAUUCGGUACUCGCCGAACUCGUUGGCCUCGCUGGUGAACGCGUCCCGUAGCAGCAGUACCAGCGGCUCGUACGGGCAUCUGUCGGCUAGUGCGCUGGGACCGGCGCUAGGAGUUCACGCGGCCAUGCCUCCACAUCUGCAGCACUUGCUGCGGAGUAGUGGCUUCCUGCCGGGUCUACCCGGACAUCACCCGCCAACGGCCAGCAUGUUCUCGUUGCACCAUCCGCUGCAUCCGGGACAUUCUUUGACCAAGUUGCAGCAAAUCACCGAUCUCUCUAGCAAGAAGCAGGAACAACCGACCUCCUCGUCCAACCAGGUGACGCGACAAGAGGCGGACAGUGCCAGCAAUGCUCAGCAGAAGAAGUCCCGCGUCAAGCGUGAACCAACCCAGCACGUCCCAAUGCACAAGGGAAGUCCUCCGGCUAUGGUCACCUCAAACCAUCAGCUAAGCCCAACGUCAACGCAAAACGGCAUGACCAACGGCACGGGAACCUCAACGACGGCAGCUUCCUCCACAACCUACCACAACGGAACGCACCACGGGCUCAACCUCAGCCCAAUGCACACCAUGGAGAGCAACGGACUCGGCGGUGGCUGUGGAUCGAAGGUCGUCGACUCUACAGACCCGAAAGACGAACCGGGCGACUUUAUCGAAACCAACUGCCACUGGCGGGACUGCUCGCUCGAGUUCAACACCCAGGACGAGCUGGUCAAGCACAUCAACAACGACCACAUCCACGCCAACAAAAAGUCCUUCGUGUGCCGCUGGGAGGAAUGCUCCCGGGACGAGAAACCGUUCAAAGCGCAGUACAUGCUGGUGGUACACAUGCGACGGCACACCGGCGAAAAGCCGCACAAGUGCACGUUUGAAGGUUGCUGCAAGGCGUACUCCCGGCUGGAGAACCUCAAAACCCAUCUGCGAUCGCACACCGGCGAAAAGCCGUACACCUGCGAGUACCCGGGGUGUAGCAAGGCGUUCAGCAACGCGUCCGACCGGGCCAAACACCAGAACCGCACCCACAGCAAUGAGAAACCCUACGUCUGCAAAGCCCCCGGCUGUACCAAGCGCUACACCGAUCCGAGUUCGCUGCGCAAGCACGUCAAGACGGUGCACGGAGCGGACUUUUACGCGAACAAGAAGCACAAGGGCAACGGGCACCACCACGGCGAGGGAGACGACGGCGAGGGCUCGAACCACAUGUUCGACGGAAGCCCCCGGUCGGAGGACAUGCAGAGCGGCAAGACGACGAGCAUGAGCAGUCCGAGCAUCAAGUCGGAGUCGGACGCGCACUCGCCGGGUCAACCGCCGAUCAGCAGUCCGAUGUCGAUCUCGGCGCUCACUGCUGGGCUGGUGGACGAUUACGACGGUGGCAGCAUGCAGCUGGGCAGUCUCGGGGCCAUUGACGAUCCGGCGUGGCCGUACGCGGACGAGGAUUUGGAGGUCGCCGAUCUGCCAUACGUCCUGCGGGAAAUGGUUGACCUCGGUGGUCCGACCGCAGUGACAGCUGGUGCUCGUACUACCGGAAUUCCUCGGAAUCGGUUCAAGAACCGCAUCAACUACAAGGGUUCUCUGAUGAGUAAUCCGCUGUCCAACAUCCUGGAGAUCAACAGCCAGCGCCACUUUGGGCUCGUCGAGCUGAACCGGCGAAUUACCGAUCUCAAGAUGGAACCGGGCACGACUCCGCCACCGCAGCCAUCGCCCCUCGCCAAGAACAACUGCCAGACGACGGAUUUGGGUGGGUUGCGACCUCCACCGCCGCCGUCGUGCAACACCAACACGAUGAUGACGAACGCGUACCUGAACCCGGCCCAGCUACGGCGGGAUAGCAACAACAGCACCACGAGCAGUUCGUAUUACAGCAUGCGCUCGGCCGACAUCAGCCGGCGGAGUAGCCAAGCGUCGCAGCAGAGCUCGAUCUCGACGAUGCGCCCAAGCAGCUACUACAACUCGUCGUUCUACGAUCCGAUCUCACCGGGAAGCUCGCGGCGGUCCAGUUCCAUGUCUACAGCAACGAACGGAGGCCAGAGUUUGCCGCCGCCACCAUCCUCGCAUCUGAUCUCAACGCAUUUGCAGCGGUUCAACCAGAGUUCCAUGAGUCUCCAGCAACACCCCGGUGCGGGAGCUUCCCGGCACUCGAUCCCGAACAACAUGAGCGGUGGAAGUUACUACCAGCAACAGCAGCAGAUGCUUGGCCAGGUUGAUCGAAGGUUGUCGGAACCGGUCACCGGAAAUCACCACCAGCACGGAACCGGAUCACACUUUGGUGCUUACGGGUCAGGACCAGUGCGGUCAAACUCGGCUGUUCUCAAGACCAGUACGGUUACGUCGGGUGCAGCUGCGGCCGCAGCGACCCAGAAAGUUCCCUCGCCGCCAGCCAGCAAGUUCCACCCCAACCAGGAAGUCGUGUUGGACGAAGUCGAGGAAGGUGAGAUGGUCGAGAACAAGCUGGUCAUUCCGGAUGAGAUGCUGCAGUACCUUAACCAGGUCGCCGGAGGUCAGGACGCUCAGGCUCCGACUGUUCCUCAGGGUAUGUCGACGCCCAACUCGGAGAAGUCUCCACCAGGACCCGCGUCUCAGCAGCAACCCGCGUCCUUCACCCAACCCCAGUCCAACCUGAACAACGUUCUGAUGAGUCCCCAGUCCCAGUACAGCAACGACGACUGCAGCCUGAUGAGCAACGUAAUGUCCCCGCAAACCCCACAACACCAGGUCAUGUCUCCCAUGAUGCCAGAGGGAUCCAGCGUUGCUCCGUUGACACCGUCAAGCUACCAGCCAUCCCAACAACCCACUCCCGUACAGUGCCAGGUCCAGCAGAACUUUGUCAACCGACAAAACUUCUCCAACGGUGCCGCCACCUUCCCGCAGCAACCUCCAGCCCUGCGACAGAUCGCCUGCUCCAACCUGAUCGGCUACUUCCACCGAACGGACCAGAGCGCUCACCACUGCUGCCUGGCCAUGCUGAUGCAGGGUUCGCUCCACAUCAACCAACCCUCGGGCAGCGCCGCAGCCGGCCCAAGCAACCCCCAACAGUACAAAAAUCCCUUCAGCGUCAACUUCAACUCAACUGCACCGUCCGCAAAUCCCGUGGACGUCGAAAUCCAGUGCGGAGACAUCAGCCAGUCGCAAAUGUCCCCGGUCGUGGCCAAUCUGGCCGCCGCUGCCAGCCCUCGCCAACCCCAACCACAACCACCCCCAAAACCCAUGGAAAGCAGUCUACAAACUCCGCCACUGCCCUCAACUCCCACCGGGUUCGGAGAACCCGUUGUCGCCCCAAUCGCUCCCGCCCCGGUAGCGCCAGCGACCGCCAACGGCACCACCACCACCCAGUCCACGAUGGGCUCGGACACGUACCAGCGCACCCUCGAGUACGUCCAAAACUGCCAGAACUGGGUCGAGUCGGCUGCGGACAUGGUCAGCAGUAGCACCCAUCCGAGGGCUCCCGGAGCAGCCGCCGCUGCCACCGGUACCAACCCAGCUGCCGCGGCCACCGUCCCGCCGGCCACGUCCAACCUGGUCAUCAACGACAUGAGCACCUCACUCAGCUCGUACUUUGAGGAGGAUCGCUACCUGCAGAUGAUCCAGUAGUUUCCUGUUUCUUUGUUUUGUUUUGUAAACUCAGUUCUUCCAAAAACCCUCUGCCUGAGGUCUAAGGUCUCAUUGAUUGGGAUUUAUUAUUUUUGUUUGCGUGUUAUAUUUCUGCAAGGGUUGUUAACAACGAAACGUAGUGAUAGAGAUUUUUAGCGACCACCCUAGUUGGUGGAUGAACGCAGUGUUUUACUUUAAAUAAGAAAUAAUUUCCUCAGUGAUUGUGAAUGCAGCGAACGUUACGAUUUCAUUCAGUGUGUGCAUGUAAAGAGUGUGUAGAAAAAUUUACUAGCUUCUAAGUUGAACAAUUUACAUCGAUUUGGUGUAGACAUUUACUAGAAUUAAAUCGCAUAGCAUUUCCUAGCGCGUUAAGAUAAAUAAUUGUAAAAAGUAAAGACGACAGAUUUCUUCCAUUUUUUUUCCUGCUAAGUUUUAUUUUCAGACUGUACGAAAUAUGUUUAGACUAUAUUUUUUUUCUUCUCUACAUUAUACGCACUU